UCGAGAUGGUUUUUAUGUCCACGCCGACGGCUUCCGGUUAAGGGCGCCGUCGGCCCUAACUCAUUAGGCCGGGACUAGUGCGAAGUUCUAAGCCGCCGACAUCGGGCGCACCUCGUCGUCGGCAAAAUCAACGACCACCGGGGGUGAGGGGACCAGUGUUCUUAUUCGCCCUAAACCCUAUGUGCACAUGACUGUUUCUAGAGCGAAUAGCGAAUAGAGAGAUGGUAAUUUCUGAGAAUGGCUCGCGUUUCGUCAAUCAGCUGAUGAGAGAGGUGACGACCAAGCUGAAAAAAGACCUCGCUCGGAGAAACAAAAAAAGGGCCGCGAAAAGCACUCUUGCUCUAUGGAUGAAUUUGAAAGCUGUGUGUGUACUGGCUGUGCCAGAUAAAAAAGCCCUGAUCGCCCUGGCGCCUCGCGGCCGCUCGGCGCGCAGGGGGUCGGUCCCACCCCCUCUUCGAGUCCCGAAGAAUAAAACCCCCUACAUUCACAUUACCCCCGACUGCCAGAGGAAGAAGAUGACGAAGAAAAAGAGACGACACAGAGAACGCUGCCAUUUCGAAGGCGAAUUGUGUUUUAUACGCGAACCGUUUCACGUAUCCACACUUUAGUUUAUCUACUUUAUCCCAGUGUGCUUGUCCUAUUCCUUCAUGUUGAUAUCCUGGCCGGAAGAGAUUAACGUCUGGCGUAAAAUCAUAUUGGCCAGGACAAAACGGCCAGGUUUAGGGUUGAAUUUUUUUAGAUCGGGAGCGGUUCCCCAAGCAUGGAUGUAUGAACCCACCGUGACAGAUUUAGUAAAGUAAAGUAAAGCACAGUAGUGUACUAAACUCUCGACUAACGCUUCCAAUAUCAUGAUCAUUCACCUGUCAACAAGCCACACUGCUGCUCCUAUGAUUGAGUCGGUUAUUUCUCGGCUGUUUCUUCUCCUUUUCGGAUGAGGGAGCGUGUAUCGGACUACACCCAACCCCCUCCACCUACCCUCAUCCCGCGAGACGGCGGCGGGCCCCCCUGUUGCGCAUGCAACGAGAAAGGGACGUCUGCGCUGUCCACAUGCAGCCGACGAUGUGACUGCCGGAAUCACAAGCGCCUCUGCACUAACUGUGUCAACUGCAAGCGCGGCACAUGCACGAAUUUUGCGUAUCCGGCGGACCCGGCCGUUUGCGAUGAUGAUGAUGAUGAAUCGGAUGCCGUCUCCCCCUCUGCUGGCCCUGCCGUGCCCUCCACGGCUUCCUUUGUCGAUGAGAAGAUGCGUGAGGCCUUCGGCGAGCCCCUCGUCAACUCCGCCGGUGGACCGACUUUCCCUGAGUGGGAGGCAUAUCACGAGCGGGUCUGCCAGCUUCGACUGCGGUGCGUGAAGGAUCUCAGCAAGCUUGGCAACCUUGGCCGCGCCAUCGCCGAUGCCAUCGCUGAUGAGGUGGAGAAGAUCUCCAAGCUCGAGGCACCGUCCGAGCGGGCUGGCGUCUUCGUCCGCACACUCAUCCAGCGAGAUCCGGAUGUCAAGAGGAAGCGCGAUGUCAAGCGGAUGCUCUGGAGGCGGCUGGAGAUGUGGCAGAAGGGGCAGGUGGAGGAGCUCGUGUGCGAGGCGGAGCGACUGGACCAGCAGUUCCCCACCACUCAGCCUCAGCUGGACGACGCGUCGGUCUAUCGCAUCUUCAACAAGCUCAUGCUCGAGGGCAAGGUCCGGGCGGCCGUCCGCUUCGUCACCGAGAGGGGCGGCGGGGGGGUCCUCCACCCAUCUGCUCAGGCCGAGGAGCGUCCCCCGGGGGUCACGGUGCACGAUGUCCUUCGCGAGAAGCACCCACCGCAGCAGCAGCCGCACGAGGAAGCCUUCCUUCCCUGUGACGACCUCCCUCCCCUCAUUGACGUGGACAUCACGGACUCGACCGUGGAGCGAGCGGCACGGAGCCUCAGUGGGAGCGCUGGACCGACCGGUGGCGAUGCGAACUUCUGGCAGACCUUCCUCCUCCGAUACGGUGCCAAGAGCGGCCGCCUCCGCGCGGCUGUGGCCUCGCUCGUCUCUACCCUGGCCAACACCAUCGUCCCAUGGGACAAUAUCAAGGCCCUGCAAGCGUGCCGCCUCAUCGCUCUCGACAAAUGCCCUGGCGUCCGCCCCAUUGGCGUCGGGGAGGUGCUCUCUUGCCUGGCUGGCAAGUGCAUGGCCAUGGUGACCCGCUCUGACCUGGAGACGACCUGCGGCACUGAUCAGCUGUGCAUCGGUGUGAAGGGGGGCCUGAGGGGGCUGUGCACGCGGUGAAUGACCUCUUUCAAGAGGACGAGACCGAGG